GCCCAGGACUGUGCUGAGGGGCUGCUUGUGCUGGGUGCCUUCCUGCAGGCAGUGGUGGGAGCUUCUGGAGUGCCCAGGGAACAGGCUGUGUUUGCCACUGACGCUGUUGUGGUUUCAGUAGCCAGAUUUCCCAGCAACAGGGAAUGGCCCCUGCAGGUUCCCAAGCCUCCUGCAGCUGCGGGGUGGGAGAAGGGGGGGUAGAGCAGAGACUGAGCUAAACAGCAGCCUUUUGGGAAGGCUGCCUGCUCUAUGUGGUCCCAGCUAGUCUGAAUUUCAGACUUUUUGCAGUCUCGUGGUGUUUCCUGCCCCUGUUUGUCCUGCAGCUCAUCUGGGCUGUGGUGGUGCCACAUCUGCCCACCCUGCUCCCAGCUGAGCCCAGCAUUGCUGCAAGGGCAGUGUGGCCUCCUCUGCAAGAUGAUUGGAUGCCCCUGGAAAAAUCUGCCUGAGGAUCCUGUCUGUGCUCGUCCUACUCUGGAGCUCAAGGCAGUGGGGUAUUGCAGACUAGAAGGAACUGUGGGCAGUUGGAAUAAAACUGCCUUUGCCUGUGUUGAGUUCCUUCUGUUCACUGAAUAUCUCUCAUUCCUCAUGCAGGAAGGGAAUAAAGUUGGCAGAACAGGGUGAGCACGGGGCUGGGCUCGUAGCUGCUCUUGCACUGUGCACAGCCAGUACCUUCCUGCCCCCCUGGCCUGUCAGAGGGAUGCACGUGGCUCAUGUGCCAGCUGCAUCUUCCAUUUGGUGCCCAAAUGUUGCUGUGCAAUGCUCUGGCAGCAGUGGUUUGGGGGCAUCAUAGCAUCAUCCCCUCUUCCUGUGGAAAAACAUAAGGAUGAAAUCGUGUCCCUGGGCUGGUCAGCAGAUGGGGAGGACCUGAAUGGUGGGAACCAGUAACAGCACUAAUGUGCUCUGUGAACAAACUCCCUUUCCCUGAAAUGCCCCUCCUUGCAUGAGGAUGUGAUUUCCUUCUGCCUUGCUGGUUUUGUUUCACAGCCUCUGUCUAAUACAUGGACUUGAUCUCCUUGGAGCAUGGGACAAGUGUACAUGUGACACUUCCUCACCUGGGCCCAUGUGCAGGGAAAUUCAUGUUCACUUUGCCACCACCUUGCAGAAUCGGGGGAGUGCUGGUGGGCAACAGCUGGAGCUGUGUCUGCAGCAUGCUCAUACCCCACUGAGCUCAGGGGCCUGGCUGCAUGAAACACAAGCUGCUGAUACCUGCAGGGGAAGACUUCACAAGGCCAGGAGACACCAUGGCAAAGCUUCAGCCUUGGAUGGGCUAUGGAGUUGGUCUCAUGCAGCUGUGGCUGCCUCUAAUAAAUCUGAUAGUACAGGUCUCCCCAGGUGGGACACAGCCAGGCUUUACUGCAUGUGCAGGGACUGCUGUGUGGCACCACAUCCCCCUGGCAGGGGUACUACAGGCCUUGCUGCCCUCCUGCCCCACAGCAGCCCAGCUGUGCAAGGUGCUGUACGGCCCUGUCAGGUCUGACAGGCCCCUUGCUGCUGCAGGGCACUGCAGGAGGGGACCCUGCUCUGUCACAGCUGCUCUGAGGGGCCCGGAAUGCAGCAGACAGAUGAUUGUGUGCACCAGAGCUCUGCAGGGUGGCUCAGCACAGCAGGAGUCCAGCUUCCUGCAUCACAUCCUUGGGUGGUGGUGAUGCUUCCUCUCCAGGAUCUGCCCGUCCAGAGACACAGUGCUGGGUGCUCUAAUGAGGCAGCUCAUUAGCUCUGUCUCAGAGCUCCAUUUCCCCUCACACCCAGAGUACACACAGGCCAGUCACCUCAGGAACCUCUUGCAAAUAUCGUUGGCUUGGGGACACCUCAGGAGCAGGGCUGGGUGCUGCAGAGGGGAGGGAGUGGGCCAUCCCUGGGUGGUGAUGUGGUGGCAUUGGGUGGAGUCUAAGCCUGCCUGUGGAGGGCAGGAGGCACCCACCAGUUAUGGGACACUGCCAAGUGCCUGCUGACUGUGCUGCUGCAAAGGGCAGCCAUGGGCUGGUGGCUGUGUGACACGGUGACUCUGGGCCCUGUGAUGGGUGUCACAGACAGGAGGGGCUUCACGCCCGCUGAGCUGGCGGCCUUUGGCUGUAACGGUCUGCUGUCCUUCCGCACAGCACCAGCCGUGCUGCAGCCACCUCUCACUGCAAUGCUCCCCAGGAAAUGCCUUCUGACCGGUGGCUUUGGCAGCCACUCCACCGUGUUUGCCCAUGGCUGCUGUUCCAGAGCUGGCCCUGGCAAAGAGGCAGCACCAUCGGCAGCUCCCAGCCUGUACUGCAGGCUGAGAAAUCACAGCAAUGGAGCUGCAGGGGGAAGGGAGCAGCAACUUUUCUUGUGCUGCUUCUGCAAUGAGAUGGCUGCCAGGGAAUUCUGGUACAGACUGUCUUUCAUUCUCCCUGGUGGCAGCAGGGCCAGCUGGCCCCCAGCCUGUUGCCUCCACAGGACACCCUUGGCAUAGUGUGGAUCAGGUUCCUGGCCUCCUGUGCACCUGAUGGCAGAGGGCCUGAGGCAAACAGUGUGAGACCCCAGGGAAACCCCUGUGCUCUCCCCAUCUGCGAGGAGAGCUGGACAGUGAUGCCUCCCCAGUGUCCAGGACAGAGGGUGGUGGGUUUGGCUGUGGGUGCAGCUGAAGGAAAUGGCCUGGCCUGGGGUGAAGGAGGGCACUGGGUCACGAUGCUCAGCUCUCCCCCUCUCCCUGAAGCCCAGCUGCAGCAGAGCGAGCAGCCCUGGGGAGCUGAGUCCCUGAGCCCCCUGUGUCAUUUACAUACACCCCACCAGCGCCAUCAGCACAGUGACCUGGGUUCCUGUAGCACCACAGACCCUCUCUGAAACAGCCACCCUUCCUCUGCUUCCUGCCAUGGCCCCAGACUUCAUGGUCCUGCUCCUGCUGGGGACAGUGGGCACAGCUUGCAGGGCUCAGCCCGUGCUGACCCAGCCCUCCUCCCUGUUCGUGCUGCCCGGGCAGACGGCCCGGCUGUUCUGCACCCUGAGCCCCCAGUACAACAUCACCGAGUUCGGCAUCUCCUGGUUCCAGGAGCGCCCGGGGCAUGCCCUGAGGUAUCUGCUUUAUUACAACUCCGAGAGAGAAAUGCACAAGCCUGACGAGACUCCCGACCGCUUCUCUGCUACCAAGGACCUCGCCAGCAACACCUGCAUCCUCACCAUUGCCUCCGCCCGCCAGGAGGACAACGGCACCUACUACUGCGCCCUGACACCUGCCUUCAAGUGGUUUUAGAAACAGGGAACAAAAGCUCUCUGUGCCCUUUCUGCAACCCUGAUGCAAAGCCCUCAACAGGGAGAGCAGCAGCCCUGGGAGGGAUGGAGAAAGACCUCCUCGCACGCUUGAGCAGGCCCAGCAGCGCUGCCUCGUGCUGGGAAGUGCAGCGACCUACUCUUCGACCCCAAACUUCCCCCAUGGAGCACUGGAGAGCCUGACACGGUGCGAGACCUGCCAGGGACUCCUCUUGCAGCAGGAGGAUGGAUGGAGGGCUCCCCUGUGGCCCAGCUUUCCUGGGCUCUUCCAGCACACAGUAGCCUUGAUCUGGCUCGGGCUUCUGCACAGUUUGGCUCACCUGGUAAUAAAGGUUAAUCCUUA